GCAGCCAAGAAUACAGAUUUCGCCAAACAGCCUGAACAGAUACAUGCACGAACACAACCAACAAAUAGAAGCAAUAGAUAUUCCAAUGUUCCCAAAAAUAAUGCAGGAACUUACGCAAUACAUAACUUUUGAUCAAAGUACAGAGGAAUACAUACAAGGAAUAUACAAAACCACUAGACGCAACAAUUAA